AUGCCGCUGCCAUUUCGCGUUGCAGACGAAGCGGGUCUCGGAAGUAAGCUCGUGGAGGAAGUGCAAGUCAGUGUCAAUGAAGAGGCUACAGACAAGCCCAAGACGGGAGAAGAAGGAGCGUUCGAAUUGCCUGAAGGUGACUUCGAAGAUGGGAUGUUAGGAAUCAGUGAGGAGGACUCCAUCCAGGCCCUGAGGACGACCUUGGCCCUCGAGGAGCACUUCUGCGACGAGGACUUCCCCGCCGACAAUACCACUAUCUUCUUCUCGGAGCGAACGGACGCAGACAUCGCGUGGAAGCGACCCUUCGAACUAGUCGACGAGCCUCAGCUGUUCAUCGACGGCGCCAGCAGGAGAGAUGUAGUUCAAGGCUGCCUCGGCGACUGCUGGUUCCUCUCCUCCUGCGCCGCUGUCGCCAGGAAGUCCAAACUGAUAGAGAGGGUAGUACCCCCAGAACAGCCCCUCUUCGGCGACGGCUACACGGGGCUGGUCGUCUGUCACUUCUGGCGCUUCGGCGAGUGGGUGACGGUGUGCAUCGACGACCGCCUGCCCACCAAAGACGGCGUCCUCAUGUUCGCCCGCAGCGCCGACGCGAGCGAGUUCUGGGUGGCGCUCGUCGAGAAGGCCUACGCCAAACUCCACGGCACCUACGAGGCUCUUGAGGGAGGGCAGAGCAUGGACGCCAUGGUCGACCUCACAGGAGGCCUGGCUGAGAGGUACGACAUGGAGGAUACGGAGAAUCUGAAAAAGCUCUACACUCACCUCCUGAAGAGCUCGAGAAAUGGAGCUUUUAUCACGUGUUCCAGAAAGGGAGACUGGCGCAAUGCCACGAAAGCGGAUGAACACGGAUUGGUCGAAGGACAUGCGUACACGGUGUCUGGCGUAGCGAGGGUCAAACACGAGGAACACGGGACCGUCAAUCUUAUUCGGGUGAGGAAUCCGUGGGCCAGUGGCGACGAGUGGAACGGGAAGUGGUCGGAUACCGACUCCCUCUGGUCAGGCGUGCCCGAGGAGCAGCGGCAGAAACUGGGCGUCAACAGCCUCAGCGACGGAGAAUUCUGGAUGAGCUACGACGACUUUUGCGAGCAGUUCGAGGAAGUGUCCGUGUGCACCAUAGGGCCCGACUUCGACAACGAUGGCACUGUCGAUCACGUCGGGCAGGUGGAUGACGAUGACGAUGACGGCUGCAAUGUGUUGAUCGGUGUCAUGCAGGAACACCGGCGCUCGAACCGAAGUAUAGGGGUGAAGAUGUUGCAGAUUGCAUUCUUCUUGUAUAAGACCGACGACCCAGACCGUCGGCUUCCGGUCACCCAUUUCUACUACAACUACGAGGACGGAACUUCAGGCACUUAUAUAAACUUCAGGGAAGUUCUGUCACGCGCGGACUUGGUGCCUGGACAUUACGUCAUCAUCCCUGCUACUUUUCUGCCCGAUUCUCCCGGUUAUUUCAUGGUCAGAGUCUAUUCCCCGAAACCUUUCCAGCUGAAAAAACUCCCCGACUGA